AUGGCCGAAUUCUCAUCCGCGUCCUACGAGAUCCUCUCGUCCAUGGGGCAGAGGGAUCGUUUAUUCGACGUCGAUCUCGACAGCGGCCUUGGCCGCAACCCAUCCGCCGUCCCUUUGCACCUCUCGAGGGUGCUGUACAUUCCGCGACAUAGCAUGCUCAAACUGCGCGUGUACGAGGCAGCAGCCCAGUACAGAAAAGCGGUUGACAGCUCACCGUUUGGAGGCGAGCAAGUUACCGGAAAGCCGUUGAUGGGAAGCAGGCUGUUCAAGACGAGAUUGAACACCCUUGAGCUGCCGAGCACAGAGGGUGGUCCUGCCGAGUACUCGGUUGAUCUCGACGUGGAAAAGAUCCGCGAUGGCGGAGACAUAUCUGCGACGUUCCGCGGUCAUCAAAGAAGCAGUGAAUCAGCCCCAGAAGUAAGCAUCAUGCUGCCCAUGUUGACAGACGUUUUCACCCUAUCCCUGAUGCUGGGGGUAGACAGCACCCGCAUAGAAAUGUCGACCACAUAUCCUCUGCCAGGCCUCAGGACCAACGCCGGCGUGAUUCGGUUCCCGUACUUCAGGUUCUCGCUUCCCGGGUGUGGCGUAUACGAGUGGCAGAUACACCCCCGAGACCAUGGAACCCUGCGAUAUACCCUGAUGCAGAUUCAGUUGGGCGGCGGAGACAAACGUUCCGAGGCGGACAGUGGCGACGGAAGCAUCAAGGCUAUCUACCACCAUAUCGGACAUGACAGAUCGUUGUUCUUGCACCAGAGCCAAGGCAUCUUGCUAUUGCCCGAGUUGAAGGAUGCGCGAGAUGGGCAGCUAGAGGCGGUCGUUGUCGCGAGCCUUGUUGGAUUGCUGUGGAGGAUAAGGGGGAUGGAGAUUCGGCACGACGACACGCAGUGCCAAGAGAAGACGGGGAAGAAGAGGACCUUGCUGAGAAGGGUGUUUGGGAGGUGA